GGCUUCAGGCUUCAUAGCAGCCUCCACACGCUGCGAAAAAGCUCAAGAACUUGAAGUUGGAGGCCGUUGGGGCUGGCAUUCGCAUGAUGUCUUGCUCAUCUGCGCUCUGAGAAGCUUGAAAGCUGCUACUGGAGCACCGGGAGUACUUUCCUGACGUCAAUUGAAAGGACAUGUCUCCACGAGAAUCAAAGCCCUCGCGCUCGAGCAGGGGCAAAGAUGAGCGGGAUGGAAAGAAAAAGAAACGGCACCGCUCACGAAAAGAAGAAUCGAGUAGCUCAACAAGUGACAGCUCCAGCGGAAGUGAUAGGGAGAGUUUAGGUACUCGACGCUCUGAAAAGCGCAGGCGGCGAGCACACUCCUCAAGCAGCUUCUCAGACUCUGAGUCUGACUCAGAUUCUGAAACGAGAAGAGGGCAUCACAAGAAGUCAAAGAUGGGAUUCACUGCAGGAGAAAAGAAGCGGAAGGUAAAAUCGUUCAGAGAUGAGGACAGCCCUGAGAGAAAGAGAAAGAGCUCUAAUUCAAAGAAGCGCAAGAAGGACAAGGAGGAGAAGCGAGCUAAGAAGCGCAGACACAAGGACAAGGACAAAGACAAGGACGCGGGGCCUGUGCAGCUCUCCAAGUUCCUUGGCCGGGAGGAUGAUGUGCGGCGGAGUGCCAUCUCCGGAAAGAAGAUCCAUCUUCACGUUGAGAAGAGCAAGGAAGAUGCAAUUGCUGAACAGAAGAGGAAAGAUUUACUUAAGUUCCUGAACGAGAGUUACGAGUGACAACCACUUACUGAGUCAAAACACCAACCUGAGGGAAGGUUUACGAGGUCAAACCGAGGCGGGUUGAUAGGAUUGAGCCAGCCAAGGACGGCUCUGCAACCAGUGCGAGGCAGGAGUGUAAGGUAGUUCUUCUCUGUCAAGGUAGUUGGUUUGAAGCCUACUUGGUGUUUCUCAGUUGCCAAACCCGAAAUCCGUUCGAUCAUCCGGCGGUUAGCAUUGGCCUGAGGCGCUCAUGCAAUGCUAAACGUUCAUAAAUUGUACUGUCCGGUGUGUUAUGUAUGCACGACUCAUAG